UAAGUGGGGUUGGGCCCGGGGUCUGGCUUAGCCGAGCCACCCGGGCAUCCUUGGACCUCGCCUAGCCCGCCGCCCCUCGCCUCUGCCAGCCGCGAGCUCUCGGCCGGGCUGGAUAAGGUUAUGAGGCUUCCGUGGACGGAGGAAGGGAGGCGGGUCCGAGCCCGCGCCCCGGCCGAGGGGGAGUUGCCACAAUUGGCAGCUCUGGCCCUGGCCACAUCCCUGUUGCGGGUCGGUGAGCGCGGGCGGCCGAGCGCAGCCUGUGCUGGGCUGUCAUGGCGUGGCAGAGGCCUCCGCGGAGGGGCUGCGGCUCCCUGCAGCGGUGUCUGCUCGGCGCCGCGCUGCUGCUCGGCCUGCGGCUCUGCGCGGAGCUGCGGCGUGCAAGUCUCAGGCCCCCGGCCAGCAGUGCUCCGCCAGGCCGGGCACCACGGCCCCCCCGGCCGCACCUGCCGCCGGCGCCCGGCCUGCAGCGUGGCGCCAGCUGGAGGCAGGUGACCUACGUGCGCAGCGGGCGCCGAGCGCCGCCGGGGGGCGGUGGGAGUGGGACACCGAAGCCCUGCUGUGCCCCACACGGGAGUCCCCGCCGCAAGGGUCCCCGGUGGCAUAUAGAUCUCCAGCCUUGGGCAGGCCCUGCUCGGUCCCUGGAUGAAGAAGCCUUGAGGUUCCUGAGAUAUAUCAGCACCAUUCAGAUUGCAUGUGAUCACAUGAGCACAGACAGCCUGGCUACUGACUCCAGCCCUACAAAAAAGCCCUGGUCAGUCUGUCUUGAUGACAGGUUUGGCUUAGCUCAUCAAAUCCAUAGCAAGCAGUGCCGCCUCUAUUCUUUAGGGCUGGGAAGUGAUGAUACCCAUUUUGAGGUUGGCAUGGCCAAUGACGGAUGUGAAGUGCAUCGUUUUGAUCCUAGUGUUAAAUCAGCUCACGUUCUGGAAAACGAGCGUCUUUGGUAUCACCGCUUGUCCAUCGACUGGCGGGACCCCCACCCAGCUGUUGCUGCCCAAAAACCGUACAGCAACACCAGAAAACUGGGGACCAUUUUGAAUGAAUUUGGACAUCACAAGAUUGACAUUCUCAAAGCAGAUCUGGAAAGCGCAGAAUGGAAAGUUUUGGAAAAUCUUAUUCUGGAAGAUGUCCUUGAACAAAUUGGACAGCUCAUCUUCGAGAUCCAUCUCCACUGGCCCGGGUUUGAGGUCAGUGGCAGCGACAGCAGUGUUGUGCGGUUCUGGUACAGCCUCCUCAAAGAGUUAGAACUACAGGAUUUCAGGCUUUUUCACAGUUACAAAGAUUUAUCUAAACCUCAGAUAUUCCUGAGGAAAAAUAUUUUCAAUGCUAGUAGCUGUUAUACUCUGAGUUGGGUGAAUACAAGAUGGAAAUAGGUUACAGAAUCUCACCAAGAAUUCAAGGAAAUGUUUGCAGCAUGGAACAUGUCCAUGAUUCUAGUUACUAGUUUACUUGUCCAGUCUCCCAUUAGUUUGAGCCCUGCUGGAGGCAGGGGUUGUGUUAUUGGCAUUGUAGUAGGUAUAGCCUGGUGCCCAACACAUGCUAGGGGCAUAGUUAACACUUAUUGAGGGGUCGGACAAAGGAGCACCAUUGAAGUCAGCAUCCAUGGAGUUCCCAUCAUGGAGCAAAGGUAAUGAACCCACCUAGGAUCCAUGAGAUGUGGGUUUGAUCCCGGGUCUCAAUCAUUGGGUUAAGGAUCCAG